CUUUCUUUUUAUAAGUAGUGGUGAGAGAGAGAAGAUAGAGGGGAGGAAAUGGCAGAAAACAGGGAAGAAGAUGUGAAGUUGGGAGCGAACAAGUUCAGGGAGACACAACCGCUAGGGACCGCGGCUCAAUCGGACAAGGACUACAAGGAGCCCCCGGCAGCACCGUUGUUCGAGCCGGGGGAGCUGAGCUCGUGGUCCUUCUACCGAGCCGGGAUAGCCGAGUUCGUGGCCACCUUCUUGUUCCUCUACAUCACCAUCUUGACCGUUAUGGGCGUCAAACGCUCCGAUGGCCUCUGCAAAUCUGUGGGUAUUCAGGGCAUCGCUUGGUCCUUCGGCGGCAUGAUUUUUGCCCUUGUCUACUGCACCGCCGGCAUCUCAGGAGGACACAUAAACCCGGCAGUGACAUUCGGGCUAUUCUUGGCGAGGAAACUGUCAUUGACUCGGGCCGUGUUCUACAUGGUGAUGCAGUGUCUGGGGGCAAUAUGCGGGGCGGGGGUGGUGAAAGGGUUCAUGAAGGGGCCGUACGAGCUCAACAAAGGCGGCGCGAACAUGUUGAGCUCGGGUUAUAGCAAGGGCGCUGGGCUCGGCGCGGAGAUCGUCGGCACCUUUGUCCUUGUCUACACCGUCUUCUCUGCCACCGAUGCUAAGAGAAAUGCCAGGGACUCCCAUGUUCCGAUAUUGGCACCACUUCCAAUAGGAUUUGCGGUCUUCUUGGUUCAUUUGGCGACCAUCCCGAUCACCGGAACGGGCAUAAACCCAGCUCGAAGCCUGGGAGCAGCCAUCAUCUAUAACAAGGGCGAGGCUUGGGAUGACCACUGGAUCUUCUGGGUCGGACCCUUCAUUGGAGCUUCUCUUGCUGCUCUCUACCACCAGAUCGUUAUCCGAGCCAUUCCUUUCAAGACCAGGGCUUGAUAAAUCAUAUCACCGAAGUACCACUUAAGUUGCUCUUUUUUCCUACCUUUGUAUGGUAUGUAAUGUACUUUUCUUGUCAUCGGGUGUGGAUGUAUUUUUCUGUUUUUGUUCUCAGUUGUGUAAAUUACUACACCUUAUUUUGUAUGGACUUCUAUUUCUUGCUCUCCCUUUCAUUCAAAC